AUGACGCUGGAUUAUUCCAGUAAACCAGGAAUAGCUGAGAUGGAUACUGAAUAUAAAGGACUACAGCUCUCCCUGGAUCAGGUCACUGCUACCAAGCCGGCAUUCUCAUACGCAAAUUCAACUCCGACCAUAACGGAUAAUAGAAAGGGAAGCAAAUCUCGCCUCUCGAGCACAAAGUCAAAAUCAAGGACAUCACCAUACCCACAGUAUUCUGGAUUUCACACCGAGAGAUCCGAGUCCGACCACGAGAGCCAGUGGGGUGGGAGCCCCUUGACUGACACGGCUUCUCCCCAGCUCCUGGAGCCCGCGGACAGACCGAGCUCCCAGCACCACGAUGUCUCCUGUGCCUACAGACAGUACUCAGACCGCGGCGCUCUCUGCUACGGUUUUGCACUCGACCACUCCAGGCUGAGUGAUGACAGACAUUUCCAUACUCAGGCCUGUGAAGGAGGCAGAUGUGAAGCUGGCCGGUAUUUCCUUGGCACGCCACAGCCGGGAAGGGAGAGCUGGUGGGGUUCUCGUUCAGCAUUGCCCCUGACUAAGUCAUCCCCUGAGAGCAGAGAAGCAUAUGAAAACAGUAUGCCUCACAUAACUUCAGUGCACAGGAUUCAUGGAAGAGGACACUGGGAUGAGGACAGUGUGGUUAGCUCACCCGAUCCUGGCUCUGCCAGUGAAUCAGGCGACCGAUACCGUCCUGAGCAAUAUCAGAGCAGUCCGCACGAGCCCAGCAAAAUUGAAACUCUGAUAAGAGCCACCCAGCAAAUGAUUAAAGAGGAAGAAAACAGACUACAGCUGCGGAAGACAACCCCUGAUCCACUGGUCUCCAUUAAUGGCACAGGGAAGAAGCACGCUAUCUGUUUUGCAAACUACCCUCAGCAGCAGUUGGCAGUGGAUGUCUGCCGCGUCCCAACGGUUGCCAACACUCCUCCCUGUGAACACAUCCAGCCACGAGAUGGAAAGAUGAUGAGCCCACAUGAAAAUGACUAUGACAACAGCCCCACAACACUGUCUAGGAUAAGCAGCCCCAAUUCUGAUCGAAUAUCAAAAUCUAGCUUGGUACUAGGUAAAGACUACCUGCAUUCAGACAUGUCCCCUCAUCAAACCCCAGGGGACCACCCAGCAGCCUCUCCAAAUUAUUACAGCUCCCACAGGCAGUACUUUGAUAAGCAUGCUUACACGUUAACUGGAUAUGCCCUGGAGCAUUUAUAUGACACUGAAACCAUCAGAAACUAUUCACUAGGCUGUAAUGGAUCACAUUUUGAUGUGACUUCUCACUUAAGGAUGCAGCAAGAUCCAGCACAAGGACACAAGGGGACAUCCGUUAUAAUAACCAAUGGAAGCUGA